AUGAAUUCAUUUUCCCACGUCCCUCCGGGUUUUAGAUUUCACCCAACAGACGAAGAACUUGUAGACUACUACCUGAGGAAAAAAGUUGCAUCGAAGAGAAUAGAAAUUGAUUUCAUAAAAGACAUUGAUCUUUACAAGAUUGAACCAUGGGAUCUUCUAGAGUUGUGCAAAAUUGGACAUGAAGAGCAGAGUGAUUGGUAUUUCUUUAGCCAUAAAGACAAGAAGUAUCCCACAGGAACUCGAACCAAUAGAGCAACCAAAGCAGGAUUUUGGAAAGCCACAGGAAGAGAUAAGGCUAUAUACUUGAGGCAUAGUCUUAUUGGCAUGAGGAAAACACUUGUCUUCUACAUGGGGAGAGCCCCAAAUGGACAAAAAUCCGAUUGGAUCAUGCACGAAUACCGCUUAGAAACCGAUGAAAAUGGUGCUCCUCAGGAAGAAGGAUGGGUAGUGUGUAGGGUUUUCAAGAAGAGAUUGCCUGCAGUUGUUAGACGAAUGGGAGAUUACGACUCAUCUCCUUCACAUUGGUAUGACGAUCAGCUCUCUUUUAUGGCCUCUGAGCUCGAGACAAAUGGUCCAAGACGGCUUGUACCCAAUCAUCAUCAGCAGCACCAUCAGCCUUUUCCAUAUGGCCUCAAUGCAUCUGCUUACGCUCUCAACAACCCUAACUUGCAAUGCAAGCAAGAGCUAGAACUACAAUACAACCACUUGCAGUCUAAUCUCGCGCAUGAGGAACAAUUGAAUCAAGGGAACCAGAGUUUCAGCUCUAUAUACAUGAAUAGCGGGAACGAGCAAAUGAUGGAGCAAGUCACGGACUGGAGAACCCUCGAUAAAUUUGUUGCUUCUCAGCUAAGCAACCAGGAGGCCGACACAGCUUCUGCUUCUAUACAGAAUAAUGCCAAAGACACGAGCAAUGUGGAGUACCAAGUUGAUGAAGAAAAUGACCAGAAAAAAGUUUCAGAUAUCAGAGAAGAAUAUGCUGCUUCGACUUCUUCGAAUUGUCAGAUUGAUCUAUGGAAGUGAGCACAAAGAGAACUAUAUUAUAUAAAUGCAUAUAUACAUAUAUCUUUCUACAUACGUCCACACAAACACUAAUCAAGUGUAGCUGUGUAGAUGAUGAUGAUGGUACAGAUUUAUAUUUUCUUUGAUUGAUUCUUACUACAUUAUUGAACUUAUAUGCAUAUAUACAGUACAUUGCGUAUGUAUUCAUAUAUACUUGUACUCGAUACAUGAUUAACCAUAUAAACUCUAAUCUAAAUGUAACUCUCAUAUUUUUUUAAUCGACAAAUG